AUGGCCAGCAAGGACUGUGUGAAAGUGGCAGUCCGAGUCAGGCCCUUUAAUAAGAGGGAACGGGAUGCAGGUAGUCGCUGUGUUAUCUCAAUGACCUCCAACAACAUCACCAUUCAGGAUCCCCGUAACCAGCAGAACAGCCGCACAUUCACUUUUGACUACGCUUACUGGUCCCAUAGUGGCUUCAGUAGGAACAAAGACGGUCUGUUUGUGCCCGAGGAGGCGGGUGGGCGCUAUGCAGACCAGGCGAAUGUGUUUCAUGGUUUGGGGCAGGGCAUCCUUGACAAUGCACUGCAUGGCUACAAUGCCACGUUACUGGCAUAUGGGCAGACAGGUUCAGGGAAGAGUUACUCCAUGGUGGGUAAUGGUCCUAAUAAAGGUCUGAUACCCACCCUCUGUGAGAGACUCUUUCAGUUUAUCCGGAACUCGCAAGACAGCAGGCAGUGUCAGGUGUUUUUCAGCAUGUUGGAAAUUUACAAUGAACUGGUUAUAGACUUGCUGUCGAAGGCCAGUCGAUCUGCUGGUGGUCUUCGGGUACGAGAGGACCAGCAGAGGGGGUUCUACGUGGAGGGGUUGAGGCGGGUGCCCUGCGACAGUGCGGUACAGGUGGAGCAGCUGAUGGAACAGGGAACUCGCACACGCACCACCGCCGCCACACACAUGAACGCCAACAGCAGUCGGUCACACAUGCUCAUCAUCGUCCAGCUGAAACAGAUAUUCUCAAAAGAGUGCAUCACCAAACAGUCCAACAUUAACCUAGUGGACUUGGCCGGUAGUGAAAGACAAAGGUCAUCGGGGUCAGAGGCCGACAGGCUUAAAGAAGGGACAGCCAUCAAUCUCAGUUUAACAACCCUCGGAAAUGUUAUCAGUGCUCUAGCAGACAUGGCUCUUGGGAAAAAGGUGGUUCACAUCCCAUACAGAGACUCCGUCCUUACCAAACUACUGCAGUCUGCUCUCGGUGGCAAUAGUCGAACGGUCAUGAUUGCAACAUUAAGCCCUGCUGACAUAUGCUAUGAAGAGUCGCUUUCUACACUUAGAUAUGCUGAAAGAGCAAAGAGAAUCCAGAAUAGAGCCGUGGUGAAUGAGAGUCCUACAGAACGAUUAGUGAAGGAGCUCAAGGCAGAGAACGCGAAACUGCUUUUGAGACUGAGCCGACUGGGUCAAGAAGGUCGUAGAGCAGAUGAUGAAACAAAGGAGCUACGGCGAUUGCUGACUCACAAUGAGCUACAGAUCAGAGCAAUUCAGACGUUGUGGGAACAACAUCUCCAGGAGGCUCUCAAAGACUGGGAGAUGCAGUAUGCCACUAUAACACAGGAGCGAAGGAUGAUGCAGAUGUAUCCGUACAUAAUGAACGUCAAUGAGGACGCUCAGCUGUCUGGCGUCGUAAAGCACUUUAUUCAGGAAGGUGAGUGGGAUAUCGGCCUGGCAGAUAACUCACCCAGAGCUCUCUCUAUCAGGGGUCUAGGCAUCCAGGAAAAACACGCUGUGUUCUCGAAUCACCAAAGGAGAGUAUCAAUCACUCCUGUGUCUGGGUCAAAGGUCAUUGUGAAUGGAACGUCUGUAUCUAAGAACACAGAGCUGCAGCAUUUGGAUCGACUGGUUCUGGGUUCAAACAGCACUUAUCUGUAUAUCGGCUUCCCUUCAGAGCGGCCUGGGGAGGACUGGAGUCGUUACGACUAUGACUAUUUUCAAUCUGAGCUCGCAGCAGCCGAGGGAAUCCACAUUCAGUCUCUGUGUGUAGGGCCAAACCAAACUGAUCCCAGUCUCCUGGCUGUCUUCUAUGACUAUAUAAAGCUGAUGCCUAUGGUGACAGAAGCCAAUCAAAUGAGUAAAGAAUUGAAGAAGGGAGUUGAAUUCAAACUGGAAAUAAAGAAUUUGGCGAUGUCAGACUCUAAGGGUCAUGACCUGGAGAAGGAGAUCGCCGUCAGAGUGACAUCUGUUGAAAGCAAGCAGGUCUGGAUGUGGUCUAAGGCAAAGUUCGUGAACCGCAAGUUUUUGAUGGAAGAGGUGUACCAGCAGGAAGUGGUUGGUGGUGAGGGGGCAGACAGAGCCCCUCUUCCCCGGGACAGAGACCCGUUCUGGGAUCCUCUUGAACCUUUGCACCUGGGCAGCGCUCACCUGUGGCUGCAGUCGCUGGCCUUCCGCAUCCCUCUGGAGGAGCAGGUGGAGGUGGUGGGUCCAGAAGGAACAGAAGAAGCCAUAUUGCAGGCGCAGCUAGUGCCAUGCAGCCCCACAGGAUUGCCUCUGGGUGAAGACGACAUCCUUAUUGACCCGUCAGAGCUGCUUGGGAAGCGGUUGGAUUUUCAGCUUGUUUUAGAUCAGUGCUGCGGCCUGCGCUGGGUCAAAGAGGCGCGCAACAGAGGCGUGCAAAUUGGGUUCCAGGUGUUUGACUGUCCACAGCCUCUUUACUCCCCAGCAGUGUGGCACAACGUGAAUCCUCUGCUAGACCACAGAGUUCAGUUGACUUCUCUGAGAACCUCACAAGAACUGCUCAACUACCUGCAGAGCAAUGCCCUCGUGCUGGAGCUCUGGGGCUUACAGGAAGGAUGUCCUGAAUUGGUCUCCUGUAUGGAUGGUGUGCAGAUGACCCAAGACGACAGCAUUAUUAUUGACAAGAUCAGUGCAUCAGAAAACAUGGCAAAAACCGGUGGGUCUGACCUGAGCUCUUCUCUACGUGCCCUUCAUCAAGACCUGGAACAGCUGAGGAACGCAAACGUAGCGCUGAGGAAAGAAAACAGCGCACUGAGAGACCAGCUUCUCUCAGCCAGAAACGGUGAGCACUUUCUAAGAGGCAGUCUGAGGCCCAGCUGCGAUGCUGAAUUCGCCAAAGCGUUGAAAGUAUUUUACCACAGCAUGACCUCCGUCAGAGGGCAAUUACAGCGACUGCGCAGACACAAACCCAGUGAGGAAGCAGAUCUGCUGGGUCUCAGACUGUUUGUGGAUGAACAUUCUUAUCUCCUGAAAGGCUUUGCUGUGCAAAUGGAACAGUGCGUCACGACUCUGAAACAAGAUGUGGCUGCUAUUGUGCGCCGCAAAAGGGAGAAGUCAGGAAUUUGGUCCUGAAAGCUUAAACCUGAAUCAGCCUCAAUGAAGUUGUAGGCCAAUGACAUUGCUUGUUGUUGAUUACAAGAUUUACAAAAUUUAAUUGUUGCAUGCCUACAAGCACACCCUAAUUUAUCAGAUUGAAUUAUCUCAGGAUAUAUUAGUAAUGUCAUACUACCGAC